GAUCAGUGUGAAUUUCGUUUUGGAUUAGAUCGCUUACAACUCUCGUUCAAAUAAGAAGAUCAAAAAUUUAAAAUUGCUGUCUUAUUGACAUCCAACUUGAAUAAAUUUGCUGUUUUAUCCUAGUUGCAACUAAGUUGAACAAAAAGUGUAAAAAUGGCACAUGAACGAGUUCUUUAUCAAAAAUCCUUUCCAAGUAACAACAUUAGCCUAGUCUAUACAUUCGAAAAAGUCAUGGAGAAGAUCGUUGCUGAAUCACCAGACCUAAAGAAGCUGGAAAAGCAAUUUAAAAAGCAGCUAAAUGAAAUUGAAAUUGACAAAGAAAUGUUGGAAACUCAGUUGAAGAACAAGAACAAAGAAUUAAAUCAACUGCAUAUGCAACUCAGAGACAAAGAGGAACAUUUUGACAAAUUGGAACAAGAAAAAAAGUCGCUGGAACGACAAAUGGAGGUCGAAGUGAUCACAAACUAUAGUUUGAGACGAGAAGUCGACAAUCUUACAUUGGCCAAAAAGAAGUUAGAAAUUUACAUUGACCAUAUUGAGAUGAAGGAGUAAUGUUGAACCACAGAGAUCAUGAAUAUGUUUUAAAAAUCCCAUGCAUGUGGAAGUAUUACCGAAAGAAUAAAACUUUCCUUGUAAAUCUUCUUUUUUUUUGUGAUGAUGAACUUUUUUUUACAUGAAUAAAGAUAAAAAAUAAU